AAAUAACCGAGCGAAGGAACUUUCCUAAGUCAGAGACUUGAGGACACGGGCCCCGCAACCAGAUGGUCCGCAGGAGAGCCGCCAGCUCCAGCCGCAGCUCCGGGAGCGGGAGAGCCCCGCCGCGCCGCACGGACUGAACCGCCCGGGCGGGCAGCGCAGCGGGGCCGUGCCCAGCGCCGGGCUCGGGAGACCCCCACCCGACGGCGGCCUCUCGAUUCCGUGCCGGGGGGGCCCCCCGCGCCGUCUUCUCUUCCCCGCAUCCCCCUUUGCUUUCAUGCAACGCCUGGUGGCCUGGGACGCAGCAUGCCUCCCCAUUCAGCCGCCCGCCUUUAAAUCCAUGGAAGUGGCUAAUUUCUAUUACGAGGCGGACUGUCUGGCUGCUCUCAACAAGCUGCACCCGCGGGCGGCCGGGGGCCGCUCCAUGACCGAGCUUACCGUAGGGGACCACGAGAGAGCCAUUGACUUCAGCCCCUAUCUGGACUCCUUAGCAGCAUCCCAGCAGCCGGCGCAGCCGCCGCCUCCCGCAGCAGCAGCAGGGGGCAACUUUGAGCCUGCCUGCAGUAGCGGCGGCCAAGAUUUCCUUUCCGAUCUCUUCGCCGAGGACUAUAAAGGCAGCGGCGGCGGCAAGAAGCCCGACUACACCUACAUCAGCCUCGCCCGGCACGGCCACCCGUGCGGCAGCCAGAGCCACAAGCCGGGGGGGCUGCCGGGCUGCUUCCCGCCCCAGAUCGUGGAGACCAAAGUGGAGCCGGUCUUCGAGACCCUGGACUCUUGCAAAGGGCCCCGUAAGGAAGAAGGGGGAGCGGGGCCGGGACCGGGGGGCAUGUCCUCGCCCUACGGCAGCACCGUGCGCUCCUACCUGGGCUACCAGUCGGUGCCGAGCGGCAGCAGCGGGAACCUGUCCACCUCGUCCUCCUCCAGCCCCCCCGGCACCCCGAACCCCUCCGAGUCCUCCAAGUCGGCCGCCGGCGCCGGGGGCUACUCGGGGCCGCCGGCGGGCAAGAACAAGCCCAAGAAGUGCGUGGACAAGCACAGCGACGAGUACAAGCUGCGCCGGGAGCGGAACAACAUCGCGGUGCGCAAGAGCCGCGACAAAGCCAAAAUGCGCAACCUGGAGACGCAGCACAAAGUCUUGGAACUGACGGCCGAGAACGAGAGGCUGCAGAAGAAGGUGGAGCAGCUCUCCCGGGAGCUGAGCACCCUCAGGAACUUGUUCAAACAGCUGCCCGAGCCCCUGCUCGCCUCCUCGCCCCGCUGCUGACCCCCGCGCCGGGCCGCGGGGCGAGAUGAGCGCUGCCCCCCCACGCCCUCCUCCCGGGGCCGGGCUGCGUUUUCGGUUUCGUUGGGGGUUUCGUUGUUGUUGUUGUUGUUUGUUGUUGUUUCGGUCUCUAUUUGCUUCCCCCCCAUCCCCCCGGGGCCAGGGGGCGCGGGCGGCGCGGGGGGGUGGAGGGGUGGGAUGGGAGGCCGCGGCCCCGGGGCUCUGCUGGGCGCUGGGGUUAUUUAAAACGGCGAGAGGAGAGCGAGGGUGAAGUGAUGCAAUCCUUUAAGCAUGGCUGGGAAUGCUGUGUACAUGAUGCAAUCUCGUGUAACUGUCAGUCAUGGAUUGAGUAAUCUGUUAAAGAUGUUCCUACAGUUUUUUUUUAUUAUAAAGAAUAAUCUAUUUCUAUAAGAAAAUACAUAUGUAUAUUUUGGGAUCUAUGCAUUCUUGCUACAUUUGAAGCAUUAAUGAACGAUUUUAAUAAACUUUAUGACUAGGUUAAAAAAAGUAGCUUGUUUUAUUUUGAGGGUACGUUUCGAGUCAGAUGAAACGCAGGGCUGACAUUCCAGCUGGAUCUGGCUUGGUGCUGCCAGCAGGGAUAGGACUCGUGUUGGUCUUUUGGCUUUCUCUGUGACUCAGAGAAAAACAGAAACAAAAACCCCAGGAGAAACCUAGCAAAGAGCAGAGCUGGAGGCUUCAGCCAGUCCUCAUUGUCUCAUUUUGGUUCCUCUAAUCACUUGCUUGAGCUGCCGCUUGGGUAUUGUCUGGGAAGAGGUGUUUGUUUGGGGUGGUGUUUUUUGCAGUUCUUGCUGUUCCCAACGUGCAGAGUGAGGUGUGCUGUCCAAACCAUGACUGAUCUGGUGAAGUAACUGCAAGGCUGAAGUGGGAGGAAGAAAAAGCGAGGGAGGAAGCUUUCACUUAAUUUUUUUUUCUUUCUCUUCAAGGAGUUUCUGCUCUCUGAAUUAUGAUUCAGCGUGUCUUAUGUUUGUAGUUUACAGGAAUAAACAUGAGAAAGUAGUGCUUCUGUUGGAUGUCGGUAAUGUGGUCCCUGCUCGGAAGCUCUCGCGAAAGCCGCCAGGUGAGAGGCACACCAACAACCCCUUGCCUUUCCUCUUGAGAUGUUCUUCUCAAACCUGUAGCUAGAGUUUCUCUGUUGAGAGGUGUUUGUUUCUGUGUGUCUGUUAGCUGGGGAAAAGCAGCAGAUGAGUGGGGAUGGGGGCAGGCCCUGCUGGGCUAUCGAUCAGGCUGGAGCUUUGUUCUGCCUGCUGACGAAAGCUAUGCUGCUCCUGUGUCCUGUGUGCUGCUGCCAGAGCUGUGCAAGCAGCUCACAGUCCCAGGCUGGUUAUGUGCAGGGAGCUGAGAGAAGGACUGGGUCUUACUCAGCGUGUUCCAUUUUCCUCUUAGGCCAACUUUAAGUACCAUGUUUUAAAAUCCAGAUUCCCAGUGCCCCAGAAUAGGAAGUCCUUAAUCGUCUGUGCUGAGCUGAAUCCAGAGGAGCUUUUCUGUACCAAGAGAGCAUUUGAAUUUGCUGCAGGCAGGGCAGGAUUCCAGGACAAACCCUGAGUCUGUCACUUAUUCCCAGUGUUCCUUUCAGCAAAGCAUGUUUCCUACCGAAAGAGCUGCUGUGCAUUUUUGACACUUGAGAUCCUAUCUUUCCCCGGCAGGUAGAACUCCCAGAGCUCUCAGGGAGAUCCGCUUGCUCUGCUCCCACAGUGCUCCUAUGGAGCCAUGCAGCAGCGAGCAGGGAAGUGUUAGACCCAAUACAGAUUUCCACUGUUUGCUUUUUAAUUUGUGCACUGCAGUUAAGUUGGUUUUAUGAGACCCUAUGAAUAGAUUUUCUUGGGUGAGCAAGCUCCUGCAUGACUCAAAUUCUCGCAGGCAAGAUAGACGUUAGAUCUUGUCUUGGCUGUCCCUUGUGACGCUGAUUUCUCCAGCCUCCCAUGGCUGUUUAUUCUACUAUUCUUCUAGUUACGAAACUUAUCCACAUAGUUAGAUCCCAUUUUCGUGUUGUGCUGUAGGCCAUGUAAUGUUACCCACAGUUACGAGCAGCGUUCCCAGUCAGAGCUGAGUGCUGCCGAGGGUAGAAUUGCUGGAGGACUGGAGAUGUCCUCAGACACAUUUCUGUAUUUCUUUCUUUCUAAAUGACAGAGCUUCCAACAAAAGUUCAGUUUAUGAGGGCUGGGAGGCAGAGUAGAUUGAAAGAUAAGAUGUACUAAAGGUAUUUAUAUUUGUUUGAGUAAUAAUCCAGUUUCGGAGCUGGAGCUCUGUCAGGCACGAAUGAGCUAAUUCCUGUCCUUAAACUGCUUCAGGAGUUGGGGCAGUGUUGCUGCUGUGAUUUAAAGAACAUUUAAUGUACUGCUGUAUUCCAGUGUAUCUCUUUAUUUUGAUUAAAGAUUCUUCAUUGAGGGGGAAACUUGUGCAGCAGCAAGUUUUUGUCAGACAGAUGCAGUUUUAGACAGGAUAACUGAUGAGCACUGAUGUUACACCAAUCUCAGAAGGAAUUGGAAAGAAUCAUAAUGAGAAUUUCUGAAUACUUUGUUCUUAAUCUUAUAUUGCCUAUGGAACUUACAUUUUCAGA